UGACAUCACGGCCCGGGAGGCGGGCUCGCGAAGGAGGGGGCCGUGGGGAGGAGGCUCUGCGCCGCCGCCAGGGAGGAGGGAGGGCGCGCAGUCCCGGCCCAGAGCUUCAAAACAGCCCGGCGGCCUCGCCUCGCGCCCAGCCCGUGAAUCUGUCUGUCCGGCCGCCCGCGCCGCCGACAGCGCCCGCACAUCCUUUUUGGGCUUCAGCGUGACCCCUCGGCCCACCCUGCUCUGUGAACAUGUUGGUGCUUCUUUUCUUCAUCAUUGCCUUCCACAUCACCUCUGCAGCACUGCUAUUCAUUGCCACCAUCGACAAUGCUUGGUGGGUAGGAGAAGACUUUUUUGCAGAUGUCUGGAAGAUAUGCAUCAACAACACGAACUGUACGGAAAUCAGUGAAGAGUUUGUAGAUUAUUCCAUACUGAGGGCAGUUCAGGCCUCCAUGAUCUUCUCCACCAUCCUCUGCUGCAUCGCCUUCUUCAUCUUCCUCCUGCAGCUCUUCCGCCUCAAGCAGGGGGAGAGGUUCCUCCUGACCGCCACCAUCCAGCUCAUGUCAUGUCUCUGUGUCAUGAUCGGUGCUUCCAUUUAUACGGACCGCCGCCAAGACGUUCACAGCAAAAACGAAGAGUACUACUUGCUGACCUCGGAGGGCAGUUACGGCUACUCGUACAUCCUGGCCUGGGUGUCCUUCUCCUUCACCUUGAUCAGCAGCCUCAUGUACAUGAUCCUGCGGAAGCGCAAAUAGAGCUGGACAGCCAGGUCACCGCAAUACAGAAUCCACACCAGAUAACCGUUUUGUAUAUAAUCAUUUUUGUGGGUUUUCUAGCAAACAUAUUGUUUCCUUUAGAAGCCAAAAGGAAAAAAACAAAAAAAAGUGGAGAGAGAAAGAGGAGUUUUUGCAUUUUUGAGAUCAGAGAAUAGGCUGGUAUUCAGAGCUCCUGCCCACCCGAAAGUCUCAGCAAGACAAAGACACAAUCCAGAGCGCUGCGCAGGACAUUUCUUAACCUCGGGGCUGGGAGGGGGUGUGAUGGGCGGAGGCGGGGUCUCGGGAGGUGCUCCCCGUAGGGUUCAGCCUCACCUCUCCAUUCCCCUCCUCAACUUCCCUUCAAAGGUGGAAGAUGUGGUGAGGAGGGACCCAGGUGAAGGACAACAGUGCCCGCAGACAUAGAGCCCUCGUUCAUGUAAGAACCAGAUGUAGACGGUCCCUGAUGUCUGUCUACAAGGGAACCAGAGCCUGUGCCCUCCUAAAUGAGGGGGGUCACCACCCAGAUUUGCUGUCAGCAUCCCUUGCUUGCCUUAGGGACACUGAUCCUCCACAUGGCUGUCAAAUUUAGGCAAAGAAUCUCCACAAGGGAUUCCUUAGAGAAUCUUUUAGAAUGCAGAUUCUAGGUCCACUCUCCAGACCCUCAGCAUAGGUCUUCAAGGGACCGUCCUGGGAAUCUACAUUUCGAACAAGCUCCUUGGAAGAUGCUGGGAUGCAGGAGAGCUGGGGGUCACAAGCCCCAAGCUAGGCGAGCAGGCUGCUAGUGGACCCGUAUUGAGAGGCCCCGUUCCUGACCACACCUUGGCCUCCGUCAGCUCUCGGUUCUCUCUGUCUCUUCCGCAGCUGUUUACAUCUGGGCCACCCGUGCUGCACGCCCAGGCACGUGUCCCAGUGGCUCCACACCUCCCCCAGACCUCUUCCUUCCCUUUCUGCCCUGCACCCUAAGGCUGGCUGCUCUGUUAAACCCUAUUUCUGCAGUCCCAGGGGACCAUCCAUCCAUCCAUUCUUCAUUCAUUCAUUUAUCAACAUAAAUUCUGGCCAAUUGCAUGUCCUCAUGAGGCUCAGACAGACCAGUUAGGAAAACUGACUGCAAAUACAGAUGGAGCUACAGAGAAUUCGAAAUAGACCCUGAGAUUGGAGGGAGCCUACUUUACGUGCACCUGUUUUUAAAUGCUCCAAGGCAUUAGACCUGCCUAAAUAUAGUUCCACUCAGCUCAGACAGAUGGCAUUUAUUGGGCAGCGCCUGCCUAUCUUAUACCCAGAAAACACUCUGUGAAAGGCCCCAUAGACGCCACGCAAAUGAGGCAAAAGAGGAUCCUCAGAGGCGAGGUUCUGGGCCUCAGAGCCACGCAGGCUAAUCUCUGGUAUGACAGGAUCUGGGUCUCAAUUGCGCUACACACUUUCUCCCCAGGCAGGCCCUCUGUAAUGCCCUGACACUACCUACAAUGGCAACAAGCUAAACAUCUUAGAUCCUAACCUCCAGGUAAUGCAUGAACUCCCUUCAUAAAAUAACUCAGGACUGCAAGAGUUAUCUGCGUCUGUACAAUCCAGAAUGACCUCAGAUGUUUUCCUGGCUGGCUGCCCCUCCAUCUGACUUUCAGGGCCCACAUCCAUCUGUGACACUGAGGUUUGGGGAGGACAUGACAGAUGCCUCUUCCCUGCUGAGUGACAUGCAUUUGGGAAGGUGUUGAGAGUUGAUGAUGUCAGGGAGAAAAUAACCAUCCAUCUUCCCCAUAGGUGGAAUCAGCCCGUGGUUGGUGCUUAUCAGCUAUUCAAGAACAACAACCAAAUUAGCUAAGACAUCCAAGAAGCAAGUAGUAGGACCAAAUUUAUAACUGUUUGAAGGAACUGUAGUUUGCGCAUCUUAUGACAUUUUUAUAAAGUACUGUAAUUCUUUCAUUGGGGGGCCAUGUGAUGGAGGCCGACUAACUUGUUUUGUUAUUUGCAUUAAAAUUAUUUUGGGUCUCUGUUUA